AUGAACUAUAUUUUUUUCGUAUUCUUCAGACUUUAAUCAUCUCUUGCGGUAAAAUCCAUUUUAGUUCUGGUCUAAAUGCAUAGAACUGUUUUUCUUUAAUGACUAUAUAAUCAUAAAAUAUUUAUAACCCCAAAAGCAAAAUACAUAUCUAAUCACUUGUUUUUCACCGCAUUUCCAGCGUCAACUCUACUCGAUGACAACUAUAAAACCCUAAGCCCACCUAAUACUUUCCUUACCAAUCCCAAGUUCCCAACGAUCACUCUCCCUCUAUCUCUCUUUCCCACACACAAACCAAAACAAGAUCCAAAAGAAAAUGGCCCUCGUAAAGCUACUUGUGACCAUCGCAAUAACAACCGCAAUCACAAUCGCAGUCAUCACCACCAGAACCACCACCACCGUGGAACGCACGAGCUUUGAUGCACCGAGAACGCAAACUACAAGGCCGAGCAGGUUCUUGGCUCAGAAGGAAGUAGGCGAGCGAAGCCCUAGCGCGGCGGACCAUUGCAACAAGGAUCCUGAGAUAUGUAGCCUCUACGGAGGGGGAGGAAGCAACUCGACGGUGACGUGCUGCAACAACAAAUGCAUUGACGUGGCCAGUGACGACAAGAACUGUGGCGCGUGUAAGAACAAGUGCAAGUUCUCACAGACGUGUUGUCAAGGCCAAUGCGUUUACUUGAGUUACGACAAACGCCACUGUGGACAAUGUAACCAUUCGUGUGAGCAGGACGAGUUAUGCGUCUACGGUCUCUGUAACUACGCGUGAUCGAUCCAUCGGGUGGUGGCGUAUUCUACUAAUUAAGUACUAACAAAGAAACUAAAGCUAAUUAAAAGGGUCUAUUUAUGAUAACGUGAACAUGUAUUUAAAAUAUAUAUUGGAUGUUGCGUCCAGUUAAUUGAAGAACAUAAGUGGUGAGUGCAAUACUGAAGCCCAUUAUGUUUUGGAGGAAUAAAAAAGAAACGAUCUCGAGGAACAUCCUCUUCAAGUAACAAAAUAAUUUAUACACAUGAGUUAUGUAGUUUGACAAACUUAAACGACAUUUAUAUGAAUCUGAAUGGUAAAGUCUUUUAGAGAUGUAAGAUAUUCUUACUAAUGAGCUAAAGAUAUAAAUCGCAUGGUUUUUAGUUUGGCAAAAGGAAGUGGAUUCGCUAUACUGAAAACUUAGUUUCCAUAGCUCUAGGAGUAGAGAUCUCGUCUCUGCAGGUUCGGAGCUCAACCUAAUGCGGCACCGGAUUCGGACCGCAGGUCAUCUAGGUUGUUUCAUUGUGCUUGCUUCAUAAAAGAAGUUAUAUUCCCUUUAUUUACAGAGUAACGUUUACAAUAUAUACAAGUGAUCCUGGUACAACUUCCCUAAGAAUAUGGCAUGUAAAUCUUAACAACAAAAUCUCGAAUAUGAAAGAGGAAUAAUCCAUAUUCUUUCACUCUCCCGCAGUCGACUGAUUUGACGGUUAGGUUGCCUUGAAAGUCUUUCAACAAUGUAGUUGGCAAGCUAUUUGUAAAAAUAUCUGUGUACUGUAAAGAGGAGGGUACGUGCAACACUUUAACUUGACCCAUGGCGAUCUUCUGUCUAAAAUGAAUGUCAAUCUCUAUAUGCUUUGUAUGUUGAUGCUGAACUGGGUUGUUGGACAUGUAAACCGAGCUUGUGUUGUCACAGUACACAAUGGUGGCCUGGGACACUGUAGUUCAAGUAGAAGGAUUGCGUAUCCAACAAAUUUCUGCAACUGCAUUCGCUAUAUUUUUGUAUUCAGCCUCUGCGCUUGACCGAAACACUGUAGGUUGCGUUUUGAAGACCAAGAAAUGAUGUUUUCACCUAGGUAGAGACAAAACCCUGUCGUAGUGACGUAGAAUAACAAGCUUCCGAACAGCCUGCCCAAUCAACAUGAGAGUAAGCCACCAACUCGUUGAGAGAAGAACGAAAUAGUUGUAAUCUGAGGGUCAGAGUUCCUUGAACAUAACAUAUUAUCCACUUGAGUGCAUGCAUAUGUUGCAUCGUGGGGGCAUGCAUGAAAAAGUAUACCUGCUGAACUCCAUAAAUGAUAUCAUGCCUUGUGAAGGUGAGAUACUGUAAGACACCAGCUAGACUCCGGUACUCGGUCGGGUUAUCAAUUUCACAACUGAACAUAGAAUAAUAGUAUAAUAUUUCGAAGUUUGUGAAAAUAAACACAAAAACAUAUUGAAUGAAUAAAGUAACACAUGUGCCGGCUUAAAACUAUAUUGGACCCUUGGACAAAUUUUUUUUAUAUAUUAUAAUUGGUUAAGCAUGAUAUUUUAGAUCCUUUUUGUAAGAAACAAACAUAAAUAUGGACCAUUUUUAUCAUUAAAUUUAGUUAAUUUUAAGAUGGACCUAUGGCAUAUGCCAUGUUUGCCACCCCUUAGAGCUGGCAAUACAGAGCCACCUAAAAACAUUAGAACAUGAUUAUUGGAGGUUUUUAGAG